AUGAAAUGCCAUUAUGAAUUAUUGGAAGUUGCUCGUGAUGCCGAUGAUGAUGUUAUCAAGAAGAGCUACAGAAAGCUAGCAUUGAAAUGGCAUCCUGACAAAAAUCCAGAUAAUAUUGAAGAAACUACAAAAUAUUUUGCUCUUUUACAAAAUGCAUAUGAAGUAUUAAGUGAUCCUCAUGAAAGAGCGUUUUACGACAAACAUAGGGAGAAUAUCCUGAAAGGAGGUUUCGAAGAGGAUUAUAAGGAUGAAGCUUUAGAUCUGUUUCAAUAUUUUUCUAGUUCAUGUUAUAGAGGUUUUACGGGUGACAAAGGAUUCUAUUCUGUAUAUGGACAUGUGUUUGAAGUUUUAUCGAACGAAGAUUAUGAUUUCGUAGAUGACCCAGCCGUGCGAUAUCCCCAGUUCGGCCAAGCGGAUAGUGAUUAUGACACGGUUGUGGGACCUUUCUACGGGUUUUGGACCUCUUUUAAUACGGCACGUUCUUUCGUUUGGCUAGAUAAGUAUGAUGUGCGCGACGGUGAGAACCGAGCUCAUGUCAGAGCAAUUGAAGCAGAGAAUAAGAAGUACAGGGAUGCUGGUAAAGCUGAGAGAAAUGAUCAGAUCAGAGAGUUGGUGCGGUUCAUUCGAAAACGUGAUCCUAGGAUUAAAGCGUAUAGAGAAUUACUUGAACUUAGGCAAAUUGAAGCGAAAAAAAAGCAGGAGGAGCAUCGGUUGAAACAAAUACAGAAGAAUAAAGAACGGAUGCAGGCUUUCGAAGAAGAUGAAGCUGCGAAAGCUGCCCACCGUGCUCAGUUGGAAGAAAUUAUGGCUGAUCUGGAAGGGUCUUCUUGCAACUCCGAUUCUGAGAAUGAUGGAGAAUUGCUACCUCAUUGUGUUGUUUGUAACAAAAGCUUCAAAACCGAGAAUGCUCUUACCAAUCACAUGACAUCUAAGCAGCACAAGAAGCAACUACAAGAAUUGAAAAAGCACAUGAAGGAAGAAGAUGCAGCUCUGUUCGAAACUGCCUCUGCUGAACCCGAAGCUAAAACAGAAAAGGCUUCUGAGCAAAGUAAGAAGUCUAAACGUAGGGCCAAGAAGAAAAAUAGAGCUUGGGACGACAACUCUGACGAAUCAGAAAAGGAAGAAGUGAAACAAGACGAAAAAGUCGAGGAAGUACAGAGUGAACUAGCAAAUCUUGAUUUGGGAGAAGCAAAACCAGAAGAGACGGAGGUUGUAGAAGACGAAAAUCCGAAGGAAAAAACGAAAAAACGGAGAAGGGCAGCCAAAAAACCAGCAGGAGCUGUUGUAGAAGUUCCUCCACCUGACGACCUAGAGCCAGAAAUAGAUACCCAACCGAAAACGGCAAGCUGUGAUAAAUGCAAAGAAUUUUUCGAGAGCCGGUCGAGGUUAUUCGCCCACCUUAAAGAGACCGGUCAUGCCACAUUGAUAGACUCUGCUCCAAUGACAAAUGGCAAAAAACAGAAAAAAGGAAAAAGAAAAUAA